GUCUCGAUUUUGCCGCCAAAAAUAUUUUUAGUUCUUCGAAAAGAAAUAUUAAACCGAUCAACGAUGCAGGUGGCCACCGAAACCGUUUCUGCCGCGUCUUUCGACGGAUUCCCGGACCAGGUCCUCGAGUCCGUCUUCCGGCACUUCAAAUUCCCCGACAUUCUCCCCCUGUCCACGGUGUCCCACCGCUGGAACCGGCUCGUCUUCCGCGCCUGCUCGGACCAGCUCGUGUUCCGUCCGGCCCAGUCGGAAGGGCUGUGCGGGGACCGCACGUACCGCCACGUUGACCUGUCCCGCUGCGGACUUCCGGUUCCGGCGAAGCGUCACGACGACGACGACGCCGUCAAAUGCCAGCUGGAACUGCUUGCCUCGGAGGCCACAAGUCUUGCGAUGACCUGGACGGCGCCGUGGUUUGCGGAGCUGCUGCUCCGUGUGCUGCGAAACUUUCCCAAGAUUGUGGAGUUGCGCUGGCAGGUUAGUGGGGAUGUUCGGAGCGUUUGGGCAACGGGAGAGGUGUUUCAGGAGGAGUUGGAGCGUUUGCCGUCGUUGCCUCGGAUUAGGGAGUUGAGCUUGGUCGUCAAUGAUACACGGAUGAUUGACCUGUUGGAGAAGGUGUCUCCGAACGUGGUCUCGCUGGAGGUCACGGUCGAGCUGGGACCGAUGCUGACCGGGUUGACCUUCGCCGAUUUUGACCUGUCCAAGCUGAGGACGUGCAAGCUGUUGGUGACGGGGGCCACGUUGGAGCAGGACGACCAACAGGCCGGAAAUGACAUCCACUUGCUGUGCAAACGUCUUCAAAAUCUCCGCAAGUUGACGGUUGGCAUCAACAACUGUUACUGCCAAUCGGCGGUGUCCUCCAGCCACGUUCGGAUCCAGGAGCUGGAGCUGGUCAACUGCCAGGAGUGUGAUCUCGGUCACCUUCGCGACCUGCCCUGUCUGCAGAUCUUCCGCACGGACGCGCUCGCCGUCUUCACCGACACCGAAAUGAUGGACCUGUUCAACCCGAUCCACAUGGUCUCCACCAUAGACAUUGACCAGGCCCUCCACGUGGACAUCGACCGGCUUGCCCUGAUGUUCCCCUGUUUGCGCGUCUUCCGGGCGCGCUCCUACGCCGACGGCUGGACCAGCAACAAUCUGCACAACCUCUGCUCGAUCCUCGACGACCUGGAGGAACUGGCCCUCCCGGCCGGUCCGGACGAAGCCACCCUGCAGCAAGUCCUCGCCCAGAUCGGUCGCAAUCUCUGCAAGUUGCGCGAUCUCACGCUGGUCGGGUGCGUCCUGACAACGCCGGAUUUUCGCCUGUUUGGACCGAUUCUCAAGAAGCCAUCGCUGCGCAAGUUGACCAUCGAGUCGGAGACGGUGCGUGCGAGCGGAAUUCCACCGGCGGCGUACGUCCUGCCGGCUUGGAACGCCACCCAGACGGAGCUGGUGAUCAAUGGGGCGCGAGUUCAGGUGGUCGGUGUUUAG